CAGAAGUAAAACCGGUUUACUUUUAGUUGUACUUCCUCGUUUCAUUCACUCAGGCAAAGGGUUCCUCCUUAUCAUUUCAGUUCUGAGAGACAGCCUACAGGUAGUUAAACAAAAAGGUCGCAUUAUUGCCAAAACACAGGGUUAAGACUUAAGCUGCUCUUCGCUAUCCACUGGUGGUCGGUGUAAAACAAACAGAACCAGCAUGCUGGGACAGCAGGCAGAUCGGGUCAUGGCGCUCGGUGAAUGGGAGGAACGCUGGCAACAGGACAGAAUUGGCUUCCAUCAGCCUGAAGUGCACAAGAUGCUGGAGAACAAUAUUGAUAAAGUUCUUAAUGGACGAACAGGAGUUCGCUUCUUCUUCCCUCUGUGUGGGAAAGCAGUAGAUAUGAAGUGGCUAGCAGACUUGGGCCAUUCAGUGGUUGGAGUGGAGAUAUCUGAAAAGGCUAUUCAGCAGUUUUUUGAGGAGAACAACAUGACGUACAGUGAGGAGCCUGUGCCUGCUAUACCUGGAGCAAAGGUUUACAAGAACUCAGAGAAGAACAUCUCCCUGUAUCAAUGUAACCUGUUUACCUUCUCCAGUUCCAUUGAAGGUCAGUUUGGAGCAAUUUGGGACAGGGGCUCGCUCGUGGCCAUCAACCCAGGAGACAGAGAAAAGUAUGCUGAUCUCAUCAUUUCUCUGAUGGCUAAAGACUGCAGAUACCUUCUGGACACUCUUCUGUACAAUCCUGAUUUAUAUCAAGGUCCUCCCUUUUUUGUGCCCGAUGAGCAAGUACACAGCCUGUUUGGGAGCAGCUGUGACAUAGAGUUGCUGCACUCAGAGGAUGCUCUGACAGACAAACAGCGAAAAUGGGGCCUGGAUAAAUUUACUGAAAAUGUGCACCUCAUCACACCAAAGAGCAAUUAAAGACUAGCUUCGGUGUUUCGAGAAAGCAGAUCCUGUCAGUCACAGGUAGAAAAAGUAAAGUGGAAAUCAAAGUGCCUGAAUAUUCAAUGGCAAGAGAAUUAAAAAAAAACAUUUUUAAUACCACAAGGAUACAGA